UAUUAUACUUAAUUAAUUAUAAUACUGGUGUUUAUAAAAGUGGUAUUUGCUAAGAUAAGCAUCACUAUUACUGUUCAUAUUUAAUGUUAGGGUUGUGAUCAAACACUAAUUAGAUUUAAACUUAUUAAAGAUAUCCUGCAGCACAUAUCACGUCCUCUCACAGAUAUACUGUUUUACUGUAUAUAUAAUCUUUUACUGAUUGUGCAACAGUAAAAGAUUUCUGUUGUUUACAAUGCCACGUUUUCACAGGCCGCUAUUGUUACGAAACAGGUGUGUAUGCAUCAUUAUUCUGCAAACCUCUCCCUCUUUGUCCUCUUUGUCCUUUUUAACCUGUUUGUUCAGUCACCAGAGGGUAAGGCCUACAGCAAAGACUUGCUCUGAGUUUUGAGACACUGACAGAGAUCGUGACACGAGCCGCUUGCGAUGCAGCCGUGGAACUUCAGAUUCGGGAUCGUUAUUCUCGGAGACUCGGCUGUAGGGAAAUCGUCUCUUCUGCAUCGCUUCACUGAAGGAACGUUUGAUGAAUCCCGUCAGUCUCCACUGGGAAUCGAUUUCAAGGUGCAUAACAUGAACUUUGACCGUGAUGUUGUGAUCAAACUGCUUCUGUGGGACACGGCAGGACAGGAGAGAUUUAGGUCCAUAUGCAAGUCUUACAUGAGGAACUCUGUGGGCUGCAUCCUGAUGUUUGACGUCUCGCAGCAACAGACGUUUGACCGCGUGGCCAGCUGGCAUCAGGAAGUCCUGGACUAUGUGAAACCGAACCCGAUGUUCUUCGUGCUCGUGGGUCACAAAUGUGAUCUGGCCGUGGGCCGACAGGUCAGGAAGACUGAAGGAGAAGCUCUGGCUAAAAAACUCAACAUGCUGGCUUAUCUUGAGGUGUCUACAAAAGAGAACAUUAACGUCAGCGAGGCAUUUGAGAGCUUGACCAGAGGCAUAUACACCCUCUUCCAGCAAGGUAAAAUACCCACCCAAGGUGACUGGCAAGGGUUAACGGUUGGGGCCACCAUUAAAAAAGAGCCACCUGUGACCAAAAAGUCUGCCUGCUGCAACUGCUGAUGAAUGUACUGUGUGAUUCAGACUCAACCGAACCUUCCUGCACAAAGUAUUGUAUUGAAAAUGAUGUUUACUACAGUAUUUUACAUGCAUAGGCCUACCAAAACAGCACUGAACAGUAUAGUUAAAGGGCUCAUGUCAGGAGGAAUAACAUUUUAGAUUAAAGCAAAUCAGCAAGUGCUGACACUCGCAUGCAAAAAUGGUGUUUACACUAAAGACUUAGACAAAAUGUAAUUUUAAGGGACAGAAAAUGAAAAACUAAACUAAAACUAUUUUUGGUGCAAUGAAAUACAAUAAUAGGAAAUAAAUACAUAAAUCCUUUUUGUGCAUAUCCGAAAAAAAAAAUUUGAAAAAUAUUUUACAUGAGCCCUUUAAGCUUUUGUGCAUGUCUGUUACAUAUCUUUUCUCUGGUAUUCAGUUUGUGACAGAAAGAAGAAAUGGCAAUUACAAACCUGUUCAGAAAACUGUGUUUACAGCUGUCAUAUGCACAUUAAGAAAAACCUGCACAUUUGUAAAAAAAAAAAACCUAUGUUAACGAUUAUUUUGUUUUAUAAUGAUGGCCUUUCACAAAUCUUGUAUCUAUAGGCUAGAAAUAGGUCUCAAAUAAUAGCUACAGCUCCAUCUAGAGGCCUUGAUAAACAACUUCCAAUGUUAAGUUUCAUUUUGAACAAUUUAUUUUAUGCACAAAAUCCAAUAAAAGCAUCUAAAAAUGUUUCAUAUUAAGCGCAAUAACAUAAUGAAUUUGUUUGAACAAGCUUUUCUUAUUUUAUCAGCACUAUUGAGCACUUUCACCCUUUCCAUACUUUGUUAUUCCACAGAAAAUGCUUACUUCUGCUAUCAAAAUAAGGUGGAUAUUGCAGUUUUUAAACUCGCAUUAAGUCUAUAAUACAUUUGGUGAUAAUGAAACUGAUGUAACUAUGACUAAAUGGCCAUUGAGUGAUGGUUUCAUUCAAACUGCAUUGCUAAUGUCUAUUUUAGACUAGAUUUCAAACUUCAGGUAAUAAACUUUAUUGCUCAGUAAGAUGAAGAAGAAUGAGUCUACAUGCUGGAAAAUGAACUGUUUACAAGUGUUUCAUUUCAGUCACAAUUUAUUGUAUUAAAAUGACAAAGAUACAAAAUUUAAGCAUUUGUCCAUGUGUACAUUUGUAUCUUGUUCAUCUGUACAAUACAUAUGUAUCAUUUUCAUAACAAAACUUUAGAUGUUGCAUAAAAUUUCAAACAACAGAACUCAAAGAUAUUUGAACUCAUAAUGGCAUGUAUCUAAAAUGAAACAAAUAAGGUUGAAAAUCUGGCACAUUCCCUAAACCCUUAAACACGGUGUAAAAACAAAUUCAUAAAAUAACUGUACGUCUCACAUUUGCCCGUGGAGACAACUGUAUUUGUACUCUAUUUAUCUUUAUGCAAGUUACAAAAUAAAACACAAACUAUUCUGCUAUUUACCCUGAUCUGCCCUGUACACGCGCUGUGUAGCGGCCGGCUGAUGUUAGUCCAUUAAAAUACAGUUUGAGGUUUAGACUGAGAUGUAGCAAUAUUGCAAAACAAAACAAAAACAGGUUUCUUUCAACUCUAUUUCUAGUUCAGAAUCAUAAGACCUGCGUCAAAUUGAAAACAGUAAAUAAACAAAGAAAUGACGUAGAUUUUUUGCUGGUGAUUAUUGAAGAGCAGCCUCAUGAAAUCAGAUGCUUUCAUUUUAUGAGACGAAAAGGAGUCAAGACCAUUCAAAUCUGACAUGAUAAAACAAUAAAUCCUCGGAAUUACAAAGACAACAGACAAAAUAAGAACAGAAAUCACUAAAAUAACAAAAAAAUGUAAAUAUACCCGAAUCUUCAGAAUACUGUUUAUGCUGUUAAAUCAUCAACUAUGGCACACCCAUGCAAAAUUACACACAGACAAUUUUUGUUUUUCUAAUAUCCUUUUUUGGGCUUCUCUCUUUUUUUUUUUAAAUAUAAAAUCGUAAAAGCUACUGAAACACAGAUGAUUUUUCAUAUCAAAGAUACAGCCAAAUCGAAACAGUCAGAUAUCUAAAGAAUAAUAUACAUUUUCAGAUUCUGUACAUGUUUAGACAACACGUCACACAAAAUUAAAAAAAUAAAUGUUUACCUAGAUUUCUUGAAUCCAUUUUAACAUUCGGAUAAACGCAAUAACAUUAAUACAAUCCACUGAUCCAAUCAAAAAUAAACUAUAAUCAGUCUGACAAGUAAAAAACAACCUUUUGUCUAAAAACAUAAACUACCAAACUUUUCAAACACAUACUUUAGAAUUGAAACCCUGACCAGACAACUAAUUGCUAAACUACCUUUCAAGUAAGAGAAUAUCCUUAAAACACAUUUAUGGGUAAAUACAAUCACCCCUCUCUGAGAAAUCAAAUGCCUUCUGUAUGUAGGUACUUUUGCUUGGGGUCGCCCUGCACAGCUUUGUUAAUAAAUGGUAAUGAAUAAAUUAAUAAAAGGUCUCUUGCAAGUUAUAUUUGGUCUCACAAAAGUGAUAAAUGGUUUUGUCCUUAGUAGGUAUUUAUAAUUUCAGCAGUGAGAAAUAUAUUAACAAAACUGGAAAUUAUGAACAAAAACCACAAACAUUAAAUGUCCAUGAUCCACCAUCAAAACAAGUUGUACUGACAGCAUCAGAAAAUGAUUUGAACUCACAGCUAACAGGGAAAGGUUCUCUCAAUGUAACAGUAAUGUUCAUAGGACGUUCAUUCAAAUUUAUCUGGUCUUUAAUAAUGUUCUCAAAACGUUAGAUCAUGUAUACCCAGUAACAACUACAUUCAUUACGAUGAUUAAGAUUUUACAGCUUAUUGGUGCAAUAAAAAUGCAUGUUGCACUUUUAAACUGUACUAUUUUGUUUUUUUUUUACUGAGAGAUGAGAUUAAAUCAUUUUCUGUGGUUAUUGACAACAUGCCACACAUCCUGUCCCUACAGUUUAACUUGUUUUGAACCAGUGAUUUCUCUUAACAUACUUAACUUAAAUGAAUAGUUCAUCCAAAAAUGAAGAUUUGCUAAAAACUUACUUAGCCCAGGUCAUCCAAAAUGUGGUUUGUUUCUUCAUGGGAACAGAUUUGCUCACCAGUGGAUCCUCUGCAGUGAAUGGGUGCCGUCAGAAUGAGAGUCCAAACAGCUGAUAAAAACAUCACAAUAAUCCACACCACUCCAGUCCAUCAGCUAACACCUAAAGUGAAAAACUGUGUUUGUAAGAAACAAAUCCAUCAUUAACUUCAAACUGUCGCUUUGGGCUAAAAUACAAGUCCUCUAUCUGCAAUACUGCAUUCUCCAGUGAAAUAGUUGUCCUGUCUGACUCGGAAGAGAAAUAUGCACAAAUUAAGAACCGUUUAUAAGUGAAAACAGUCCACAACAGCUUUAAACAAAUAUGUUGGUGGAUUUUGAUGUGAGAAAGAACAGGGGAAUGGCUUUUUAACUGGAGGGGGUGUUAUUAUGGAUUAUGGACUCAUAUUUUAGCCAGAAACAAUGUUUUAAUAUUUAAACAAAUUAAUGAUCUAUUUGUUUCUUACAAACACAGCUUUUCACUUCACAAGGCAUUGACU